AUGGUGACAGAUAUGCCAGGGGUGGAAGACAGAAGAGACAGCCAGGGCAGAGCCACCCAAGACCCUAUGACCUCCUCACCCACCGGAGAACCCACCAGAGAACCGCCGCCUAAACUUUGCGGGAGUUUGGCCAAGCUGUCUGGGAAGGGGCCCCUGAGGAGCUUCAAGAACCGCUGGUUUGUCUUUGACCCUCGCCGCUGCUACCUCUACUACUUCAAGAGCCCCCAUGACGCCCAGUCGCUGGGGUACAUAAGUAUCGGGGAUGCGUCGUUCAGCUAUGACCUGGAGGCAGAAGAAGGCCAGUUUGAGAUCCGUAGCUCUGGACGGGUCUCCAUCCUCCGGGCUUCUAAUAAGCAGGCCAUGGCCUACUGGUUACAGGAAUUGCAGCAGAAACGCUGGGAAUAUUGCAACAGCCAUGGUACAUCAAAGAGAGACAGUAUGCUGAACACUGUGGCUAUAGAAGUCCCUGCUGGACUGGUGGCCAAGGAAAGUAUAGAUAAUACUAGUAUGCCAAAUGUUAAUGAUGCUGCAGAGAGAGCUCGGAACCACUUUGCGGUGGAGAUGUGUCCAGGUGUACUUGGUGACCAGACUUCGGACCAGAGCUCGGGGCACACAGCUGUACAAGGCCUGCUCAGACAGUGGAGUAAUGAUAUCAGGUAUCGUAUGUCUGCCUUGGUCACAUUUACU